GUGUUAAUUCGAAAGUCGGUUCCCUUUUCGGUAACCAAGACGUCAUGAAAACAACCUCAAUGGCGGACCAGUAAUCUGAGUGCAGCAAUAAUUUGUAUCUCUGUCUAAGUAACAUCAUGGCAGAUCAAGAACAAAAACCAGAAACAACUGAGGAGAAAACAGAAGAACAAACUCCUGCCCCAGUGGUAGAGACCAUGGAGGAAACAAAACAGGGAGCCCCAGAAAAUGCCCCACCCCCAGCAAAAGAGCCACCACCCGCUGCAGAGCCAGCAGCCCCCGAGACUGUCGAACCUGUGGUGGAGCCCACCCAAGAAACAAUAGCAGCACCACCUACAGAGGAGGCCAAGGAAGAGGCAACAGAAAACAAAAAAGAGGAGGAACCAAAAGAAGAACCGAAAGAGGAAGAAAAAGAGGAAGCGAAGGAAGAAGUGAAGGAGGAAGCGAAGGAAGAAGUGAAAGAGGAAGCAAAGGAAGAAGUGAAAGAGGAAGCAAAGGAAGAAACAAAAGAGGAGCCCAAAGAAGUUACUCAAGAGGAAUCAAAGGAUGCUGCGCCAGAGGAGGAGAAGAAACCCGAUGAGAAGCCUGCCGAGGUAUCCCCCGAGGAGGGGGCUGAAAAGUCAGAGGAACCUCCUAGAGAGGACACAAUACAGCAAGCUCCCGCCCCCACUCCUCAGCCCACCCAGACAACAGGGAUGGGCACGAUGGAAUCCGGGGAGGGACAUGAGACUGACCCUCACGCCACGACCCCCAGGACAACAGCCAAUCUAGAGGCCACAGCAACAGUUAAGAUAGUGCUGAUGCCCAGUGGUCAGGUGGUGACCCUGGCGUGUACCCUGGGUCAGACCCUACAUCAGCUGAAGGACCACUUCUCCCAGGAGCUCAAGAUGCCUGUACAGCUCAUACUCCUCAUGUUUGACGGAAAAGCUGUGGAAGAUACCACUACUUUGGCGGAUCUGGGGGUGGGGCCAAAUGGAACAGUCCAAUUAGAGAUGCAGUCAGCUGAUCCAGUUAACACCCCCAUCAAGACUUACCGCCCACGACAGGAGUACCAUAUGCCUGAUGUCAUCACAGUCCGGGUACAAACAGAUGAGAAUGCUUACAAAGAUGUGGUGGUAGAAAUUGAGAGAGCCACGAGAAAGAAGCCAUAUCUGGGAGGGUACCGCCACAAGAAAACGGGGGUCCUAUACCACCAUGCCACCGCCCAGACUAUCAAGAAACAACCACCACCUUCUCAAGUCCCGCGAAACUGCCGCGACACCCAGACAGUACAACAGAGGCACCACGUCCAGCAGACGACGAAUGACACCUCCACACAGAUGACCGGGAUCGGGGUGUAUGUGUCCAAUAUGGAGGACAAACUCAUGGUGCCUGGAAAAUACACCACGGCAGAUGAGCAUCAUAGCAUGAUUUUCAAAAAGGUCAUUAUAAUUCAAAAAUACCACAGAAGGUGGUUAGCAAAGAGGUAUGUGGAAAAAUUAAAACAAGACAAGGUCCAGCGUCUGGAAUGGGAGAGACUAGAGGAGCUUAAGAAGAAGAAAGAAAAAGAGGAGAGGAUCAAAAAGGAAUUUGAGAGGAGGAUGAACCCCAAAACAAAGGAGGACUUUGAUUUACUUUAUCAUGCUCUGGAAAAAUGGAGACAGGAGGAGUUAGAGAGGAUCAAUGGUACCUCAGAGGGGGCGGAGCGUAAAGCAGCGCUGUGUAUGUUACUGGACCAGGAGACCCAGCUCAUCUCAGCCAUCGGUCGGCAUAAGCUAGAGGCCGACAGCGAAAACAAGGAGAAACGUAUACAGGCAUUCCUUAGCAAGGCUGCAGCCCCUAAGAAGUGGAAGGGACACGAUGGUAAGACCACAGAGAUGGACACGCCCUACACAAUCCGAGCCAAGGAGCUGAGGGACAUCUAUAACAGUAUCAACAUGAAGUACCUCACUCAGGAUGAAAGACUGGAUGUACUACUGACUCUCAAACAUACUGUCAAGGAGCAUGACUGCAAACUGACUCAAGAAAUCAUUGAGCUAAUUGACAGAGAGGCUGACCUACUUAUGAGGGGUGUUCGAGAGGGAAAUCUUGAAGGCCUUAGGAAAAGAAUUUCUACUUUGUUCCUACAGUACAUCAAGACACCUACAUUCAACCCAGAAGCUGCCAAAUUGCUCAAGGUGCCUCAAGAUCCCUCUGUCCUCCGCAAGAACAUCUACUUCUGUCCCAGCUGUAAUCAGUACCUGCCCUCUACUGAGUUUGCCCUGGCCUCCAACUCCCGUACCGUUGGUAAAUGCCAGAGAUGUACGAAGAUCGACAACGAUGCCCGAACCAGGCAGGAUUACAGCACUUACACAUACAUGCUCAAAAUGCUGCGGCGAGCAGAGGAAAGAUAUGGCGAUGGCUCUAGAAUUGCCUUCCUCCUGCAGGAGCAGGAUCUGCGUUACCUUGUGGAGAAGAUCUGGAGUUGUCAGAGCAUACUGAGCGCGUGGGACGACAUCUUUGACCUGGUUCUGUCCCGCUGGGACAAACAUCAGGAGUGGUCUCCCUGGAACUGCAUUCUCCUGACCAAGGAUGAAGCCGCCGCCCACGAAAGGCUCCAUGAUUUGGAGGAGGGAUAUGGUUUAGUUUUCAUUCAGAAGGUUCAACAGAAACAUGUGCUAGCUAGGAACUAUUUCUCUAGGCUGCCAGGAAUGGCAGAACACUUAAGAGCCAGAGCUAACGAUCGGCUUACCCAACCCAAUGGUCCCGCCAUUAACGGGCAACAAGUCCCCGUGCAGUCCAGGGCUUAGGAACAUGAUUAAAUUGUAGACAUACAAUUAAAUUUUAACAAGAACUGUUUAACUAGGAAAUGAAAUUUUACAAUUCAAAAUUAAAUUAUAUCUGAUGAAGAAAUCUGUGAUAUUUUUGUUAUUUUCAAAUGUAUUUUAAAUUUUUCUUGUAUCAUGUGAAGAUUUUAAUUCAAUUGUGAAAAAUUCAUUGUUAUUUACUGUAUGUCCAUAAUUGACCUACAUGUAUUUAUGUGAAUAUAAACUG